AUGUACCACUAUCCGCUACCAUCUCCGGAGGAUAGUUUUGCAAAAUUAAACGGUAACAAGAUAUUUUCGAAACUGGAUCUGUCUGAUGCGAGCCUACAAAUUAAAGCAGACGAGGAAUGCUCGAAAUUUCUAACAGUGAAUACGCCCAAAGGACUUUAUAAAUAUAACAGAUUACCUUUCGGUCUAAAGGUCACACCUGCAAUUUUUCAACAGGUUGUGGAUGCGAUGUUAGCAGACUGUAAAUUCGCAAUUCCAUACCUAGAUGAUCUAUUAAUUAAAAUUGAAUCUGAUGAUCAGAUGUACCAUACUCAUCAAACUGCAAUUAAGACUCGUUCCACUUUAGAAGUUGGGAUAGUCUCAAGAUUCAAGGACUCUCCAAAGCUGACAUGCCAUUCAGAUAAAAGACAGACUUACUGUCUGGAGACAAGAGGACAAUCAAGGACAAGUAAUUCUGGCUCAAUAACCGUUAUCAGCACGGCAAUAGUCUGA